CAUAAUCACUCGUUAAACUGUAACUAACGAAAAAAUGUGGGACUCUCAAUUCAAUCCAAACUAAAAAAAAUCAAUCACCCACCACAUAGUAAAAAGGGAUUCUGUUUAGGCCAGAUCAUUUCUUUUUUGAAUUAGUUCUUAUCAAUUGAAACAUAUAUCUGAUACUAUGUCGUGGCAAGCAUAUACUGACAACUUAGUUGCAACUGGUAAGCUUGAUAAAGCUGCUUUAUAUUCCAGAGCUGGUGAUUCAUUAUGGGCUCAAUCAUCUGGUUUCCAAUUACAAGCCAACGAAAUCACGGAAAUUGCAAAAGCUUUUGAUAAUCCAUCAGGAUUACAGGCUCAUGGUUUACAUGUUCAAUCACAAAAGUACUUCUUGUUGAAGGCUGAUGACAGAUCUUUAUACGGUAAACACGAAGGUGAAGGUGUGAUUGCUGUUAGAUCUACUCAAGCCAUCUUAAUUGCUCAUUAUCCAGCUGGUGUCCAAGCUGGUGAAGCCACUUCAAUUGUCGAGAAAUUAGCCGAUUAUUUGAUUGGUGUCGGUUACUAGUUAAAUGGUGUUGUGGUUGAUUCAAUAUUGUUUAUAGUUGAUAAUAUCUAUAUCUUUCUUUUAUCGAUUAUAAGAGAGAUAUGGUACUAACUAAUACCCUAGUUGUUUCUUUUAAAUUGUAUACUUUA